AUGAAAAAGAAGCAUUUGAAAUUACUCGUCAUAGCACUAGCUAGCAGCUUUUGCCUGUUCUUUUUCUUUUCCAAACUAAAGGAUGUGGAACACAAACAAAGAGACCUGGCCAAGAUCACUUCAUUUCCAGAUACAACUACAACUGUAGUUAUCAGCAAUACCAAAAAGAAAACCAAAAGUGUUAUGCCAUAUGAACUUCCACCCCUUACAAUUUCUGAGACUUUCAGAAAAGACAUUCCCAAAAAUGGUGCUUUCUGGAACCGGAAGCUUCAUUCUCUCCUCAGGCAGUUUGAUUCCACUGCCAAUCAAACAGAGAAAGACCCACAUGACAAGUUUCUCUGUCAGCCUGAGAGUUUUGAGUUGAUAAAAACCAACAUUCAAGAUGUCCAUUUGUACCCUCCACUUUAUGAAGACUUCCUUAGAGGCAUGGAGUGUCGAGACCCACCGCUUCUUAUCAAUCAGCCUGACAAGUGCGCAUCAGAGAAUAAAGAGGAUCAAAUUUUCCUCCUUUUUGCGAUCAAAUCUAUCCCAAGGAACUUCGAGAGGCGCCAAGCAAUCCGAGAGACCUGGGGAAGAGGAGGCUUGUAUGAAAAAAGACUUCAGGUACGAACUGUCUUUCUGCUGGGACGAUCAUCUGCGGAUGAUCCCAAUCUCGAUAAACUGGUUUCAUUUGAAGCCCAGCAGUUUCAAGACCUUCUCGUCUGGGAUUUUCAGGACUCUUUUUACAACCUUACUCUAAAAGAGCAUGUGUUCUUCAAGUGGAUGCUUGAUAACUGUCCACACGUAUCUUUCGUUUUUAAGGGUGACGAUGAUGUUUUUGCUAACACUCAAGCAAUUCUGAAUCAUCUAAAGACUCUGGAGCCUGAACAGGUCACGGCAUUGUACACGGGGCAGAUCAUUUUUAAUGCCAACCCAUUACGGGACCCUAAAAUCAAAUAUUAUGUUCCUCAGUCAUUCUAUGAAGGUCCUUACCCUCCUUAUGCUGGUGGCGGUGGAUUCCUAUUUUCUGGAAACCUUCUUCCUUCUCUUUACCAAGUCUCCUUUUACAUACCCUUCUUCCCUAUUGAUGAUGUCUACAACGGGAUGUGCUUCAAGGCACUUGGAAUCACUGCAACGCAAAACGACGGAUUCAAGACCUUUGACAUUAGGGAAGAAGAUCGAGAGAACCCCUGUGUACACAAAGACCUGUUCCUGGUGCACCAACGUGACCCUGGCCAGACUAUAAGACUGUGGAGAAAUAUGCACAGCACCAUGCUGACCUGCUGAUAUUUGUAAACUAUUAAACACCAUUAUGUUCAGCUGUUAUGGUUGAUUAAACCCUUGUCAGAAAAUAACAAGCUGGUGAAAUUUUUUGUACAAUUG